AUGCCCGGCCGCCGCCCGCUCCGCAUCGCAGCCCUCGCCGUCCUCAGCAUCGCCGUUGUGGCCGCGCAGGACCGGGACCUCCCCGAAGCAGGCAGCUGCCUGCAGGACGGGCAGAGCUAUAGCGAUAAGGACGUGUGGAAGCCGGAGCCGUGCCGUAUCUGCGUGUGCGACACGGGGACCGUCCUGUGCGACGACAUCAUCUGCGAGGAGCUGCGGGACUGCCCCAGCCCCGAGAUCCCCUUCGGAGAGUGCUGCCCCAUAUGCCCCACUGAGCAACCCGGCGGGCAUCCUGGUCCCAAGGGGCAGAAGGGGGAACCCGGUGACAUUAAAGAUGUUGUAGGACCCCGAGGGCCUCCAGGACCACAGGGCCCUGCAGGUGAGCAGGGACAGCGAGGGGACCGCGGCGAGAAGGGGGAGAAGGGUGCUCCCGGCCCCCGGGGCAGGGAUGGAGAACCCGGCACCCCAGGGAACCCCGGUCCCCCCGGCCCCCCCGGCCCUCCCGGCCCCCCCGGCCUCGGCGGGAACUUCGCGGCUCAGAUGGCCGGAGGCUUCGAUGAGAAGGCUGGAGGCGCGCAGAUGGGCGUCAUGCAGGGACCCAUGGGCCCCAUGGGACCCCGUGGCCCCCCCGGCCCUUCCGGUGCUCCCGGUCCCCAAGGCUUCCAAGGCAACCCCGGUGAGCCCGGCGAGCCUGGCGCUGCUGGUCCGAUGGGUCCUCGGGGACCCCCGGGACCCCCCGGCAAGCCUGGCGAUGACGGUGAGAGCGGCAAACCCGGCAAGUCCGGAGAGCGCGGCCCCCCUGGCCCCCAGGGUGCUCGAGGCUUCCCCGGGACCCCCGGGCUGCCCGGAGUGAAGGGACACCGGGGAUACCCUGGCUUGGAUGGUGCCAAAGGAGAGGCAGGAGCUCCUGGAGCCAAGGGUGAAUCCGGCUCCCCCGGCGAGAACGGCUCCCCCGGCCCCAUGGGUCCCCGUGGGCUGCCUGGAGAGCGAGGACGUCCCGGCCCCUCCGGUGCUGCGGGUGCUCGUGGCAAUGACGGCCUCCCCGGCCCAGCGGGACCCCCGGGACCUGUGGGUCCAGCCGGAGCCCCCGGCUUCCCCGGCGCCCCUGGAUCCAAGGGUGAAGCUGGACCCACCGGAGCACGAGGGCCCGAGGGGGCUCAGGGCCCCCGCGGUGAAUCCGGUACCCCCGGCUCUCCCGGCCCAUCCGGUGCCCCCGGUAACCCCGGUACUGACGGCAUUCCCGGUGCAAAAGGCUCUGCGGGCGCUCCCGGCAUCGCGGGGGCUCCAGGCUUCCCCGGCCCCCGCGGCCCCCCCGGACCCCAGGGAGCCACCGGCCCGCUGGGACCCAAGGGACAGACGGGUGAACCCGGCAUCGCAGGCUUCAAAGGCGAGCAGGGACCCAAGGGCGAGACGGGCCCCGCAGGACCGCAGGGAGCCCCCGGCCCGGCGGGGGAGGAAGGCAAGAGGGGAGCCCGUGGUGAACCCGGCGCUGCCGGCCCCGUGGGGCCACCCGGAGAGAGGGGCGCUCCCGGCAACCGCGGCUUCCCAGGGCAGGACGGGCUGGCCGGACCCAAGGGAGCUCCGGGUGAGCGCGGCCCCGCCGGCCUCGCAGGGUCCAAAGGAGCCACCGGGGACCCCGGGCGCCCCGGAGAGCCCGGCCUGCCCGGAGCCAGGGGUCUCACCGGCCGCCCAGGAGAUGCUGGUCCUCAAGGCAAAGUCGGCCCCACUGGUGCCCCCGGCGAGGACGGACGCCCCGGCCCCCCCGGCCCCCAGGGUGCUCGUGGCCAGCCCGGUGUGAUGGGGUUCCCUGGUCCCAAAGGUGCCAAUGGCGAGCCUGGCAAAGCCGGUGAGAAGGGGCUCCCCGGCGCCCCGGGGCUGCGGGGGCUUCCUGGCAAGGAUGGUGAGACCGGAGCCGCCGGCCCCCCCGGACCUGCUGGUCCUGCAGGGGAGAGGGGAGAGCAAGGAGCCCCCGGUCCCUCCGGCUUCCAGGGCCUGCCUGGGCCACCAGGUCCCCCCGGAGAGAGCGGCAAACCCGGAGAUCAGGGUGUUCCUGGGGAAGCCGGUGCCCCCGGGCUCGUCGGUCCCAGAGGUGAACGCGGCUUCCCCGGUGAGCGCGGCUCUCCCGGUGCUCAAGGGCUGCAGGGUCCCCGUGGGCUCCCCGGCACCCCCGGCACCGACGGACCCAAGGGUGCAACCGGUCCCGCCGGCCCCAAUGGGGCCCAAGGACCCCCAGGGCUGCAGGGGAUGCCUGGGGAGAGAGGAGCAGCCGGGAUCGCUGGUCCCAAAGGAGAUCGGGGAGACGUCGGAGAGAAGGGACCAGAGGGAGCUCCUGGGAAGGACGGCGCCCGUGGUCUCACAGGUCCCAUCGGUCCCCCCGGCCCCGCUGGCCCCAAUGGCGAGAAGGGAGAAUCCGGCCCCCCUGGUCCCUCCGGUGCUGCCGGUGCCCGUGGUGCCCCCGGCGAGCGCGGGGAGCCUGGUGCCCCCGGUCCCGCUGGCUUCGCCGGGCCCCCGGGAGCUGAUGGACAACCGGGAGCCAAAGGGGAGCAGGGAGAGCCAGGCCAGAAGGGAGAUGCUGGAGCUCCCGGUCCGCAGGGUCCCUCCGGUGCCCCCGGUCCGCAGGGCCCCACGGGUGUCACUGGUCCCAAAGGAGCGCGCGGAGCUCAGGGUCCCCCGGGAGCAACCGGAUUCCCGGGUGCCGCCGGUCGAGUGGGACCUCCCGGUCCGAACGGUAACCCAGGCCCCCCCGGCCCCCCCGGCUCCGCUGGCAAGGACGGCCCCAAAGGCGCUCGCGGUGACUCCGGCCCCCCCGGGCGCGCAGGGGACCCAGGGCUGCAGGGUCCUGCCGGCCCCCCCGGCGAGAAGGGUGAACCGGGCGAGGACGGCCCCGCGGUGCGUGGGGACCGGGGCUGGAUGGGGCUGAGCCCCACAGAGGGACCCGACGGCCCCCCCGGCCCCCAGGGGCUGGCAGGACAGCGCGGCAUCGUGGGGCUGCCCGGGCAGAGGGGGGAGAGGGGAUUCCCUGGCCUGCCGGGGCCAGCGGGUGAACCUGGAAAACAAGGAGCUCCCGGCUCCGCCGGUGACCGCGGCCCCCCCGGCCCCGUGGGUCCCCCCGGUCUGACCGGUCCUGCCGGUGAACCCGGCCGCGAGGGUAACCCCGGCUCCGAUGGCCCCCCCGGAAGAGAUGGUGCUGCCGGGGUGAAGGGUGACCGCGGUGAGACCGGCCCCGUUGGUGCUCCCGGUGCUCCCGGUGCUCCCGGCGCUCCCGGCCCCGUGGGUCCCACCGGCAAACAGGGAGACAGAGGGGAGACGGGUGCACAAGGUCCUAUGGGUCCCUCCGGCCCUGCUGGUGCUCGAGGCAUGCCGGGUCCCCAAGGGCCUCGUGGUGACAAGGGGGAGACAGGAGAGGCUGGAGAGAGGGGGCUGAAGGGUCACCGCGGCUUCACCGGCCUGCAGGGUCUGCCUGGACCACCUGGUCCUUCUGGAGACCAAGGUGCUGCUGGGCCCGCAGGUCCCUCUGGCCCCAGGGGUCCCCCCGGUCCCGUCGGUCCCUCCGGCAAGGACGGCUCCAAUGGGAUGCCCGGCCCCAUCGGACCCCCCGGCCCCCGCGGCCGCAGCGGCGAACCGGGACCUGCGGGUCCCCCCGGCAACCCCGGUCCCCCCGGUCCUCCAGGCCCCCCGGGCACCGGCAUCGACAUGUCAGCCUUCGCGGGGCUGGGGCAGACGGAGAAGGGUCCCGAUCCCAUCCGGUACAUGCGGGCGGAUGAGGCCGGUAGCAGCCUGAGGCAGCACGAUGUGGAGGUGGAUGCCACACUCAAGGCCCUCAACAACCAGAUCGAGAGCAUCCGCAGCCCCGAGGGCUCCAAGAAGAACCCAGCCAGGACCUGCCGGGACAUCAAGCUCUGCCAUCCCGAGUGGAAGAGCGGUGAUUACUGGAUCGACCCAAACCAAGGCUGCACCUUGGAUGCCAUCAAAGUCUUCUGCAACAUGGAGACGGGUGAGACCUGUGUCUACCCCAACCCCAGAAGCAUCCCCAGGAAGAACUGGUGGAGCAGCAAGACCAAAGACAAGAAGCACGUCUGGUUCGCAGAGACCAUCAAUGGUGGUUUCCAUUUUAGCUACGGUGAUGAAGACCUGGCUCCCAACACAGCCAGCAUCCAGAUGACCUUCCUGCGCCUGCUGUCCACCGAGGGCUCCCAGAACGUCACCUACCACUGCCGGAACAGCAUCGCCUACAUGGACGAGGAGACCGGUAACCUGAAGAAAGCCAUCCUCAUCCAGGGCUCCAAUGAUGUGGAGAUCAGAGCCGAGGGCAACAGCAGGUUCACCUACAGCGUCCUGGAGGACGGCUGCACGAAACACACUGGCAAAUGGGGCAAGACAGUGAUCGAGUACCGGUCGCAGAAGACCUCGCGCCUGCCCAUUGUGGAUAUUGCACCUAUGGACAUUGGUGGAGCGGAGCAGGAAUUCGGUGUGGACAUCGGCCCCGUCUGCUUCUUGUAAAGAGCUCCUCGUGGGUUUCCUCGCUCGGAAUUCCAGCCCCAUCCCAUUAAACCGAAAGGAGAAACGACCGAAUCCCAAAGUCCCCCCCAAGACCUGAGCUCGUCCCCAACGACUUCUGCACUGAAUGGCUGCGACGACCCCCUCGGCUCACGGCAUUCCCGGCGUCGGGAAUCUCCGUCUCUUCCCAGCGCCGCCCGGGCAGGCUUCUUAUUUAUUCUCUUCCCAAGAGCUCGCGUUGAGGUCGGGGGCAGGUGGGAAUCCGGCGCGUUCCCCUGCCAAUGGGGUCUCCCAAAUCCAGGUACCAGGAAUCCCCUCCCGUCCCCCUGGGGCUCCCCAGCAGGAGUGAAUGGAUCAGAGGACACAAACACAGUAACAUGGUGCUAUUCGUGUACAA